CGAUUCGAGCUUGCCCUCACUGCAGUCAGCCCGAGCCGUGGUGCGUCUGUAAUCCUCCUCCCUCCCGAAGGAAAGAGACUGUGAACGGCUGGGUCGUUACCUCGGAAGCCAGCUGCUCCACCUCUUCGGGCCACCUGCAGUCCAACGUUGUCGUCCUCCCCGCCACGACAGGAAGAAGCCCUGGGACAUGGCCAGACCAGAACAAAUCUUGGUGCUAGAGCCACAACACGAACUGAAAUUCAGAGGCCCGUUCACAGACGUGGUCACUGCCACUCUGAAGCUCAGCAACCCCACAGAUAGAAAUGUGUGUUUCAAAGUCAAGACAACUGCACCUCGCAGAUACUGCGUGCGCCCAAACAGCGGCAUCAUUGACGCUGGGAACUCCGUCAAUGUUUCUGUCAUGCUACAGCCUUUUGACUACGAUCCCAAUGAAAAGAGUAAACACAAAUUCAUGGUGCAGUCCCUGCUGGCUCCGUACGACAUGACCGACAUGGAAGGAGUUUGGAAGGAGGCGAAGCCGGAAGAGCUGAUGGAUUCAAAGUUGAGAUGUGCUUUUGAGCUGCCUCUAGAAAAUGACAAAACUCAUGAGAGUGAAAGCAACCAAACUAUCUCUUCCUCCUCUGUUAAGACUGAGCACUCCGUGCUGCCCAAGUCAGCCAGUGUCUCGCUGGAUGAUGGAGAGGUGAAGAAGAUCAUGGAGGAGUGCAAGCGGCUGCAGAUGGAGGUGCAAAGGCUACGGGAAGAAAACAAACAGAUCAGGGAGGAUGACGGGCUGCGGAAGAGAAAGGUGACGUCAGUGGCCGCUUCUCACUCCUCCGGCAUGGCAACCUCGGCUAUGAGGGAGGAAGGCCUAAGCACCCGUGUCCUGGCACUCUGCGUGCUGCUCUUUGUCAUUGGAGUCAUCUUUGGCAAGCUGGCCCUGUAGAGACACAGAUGGACAGAGCACAGGGAUGGACGGGCGGCGUGCUUGGACGAACACGCGUCAAUGACGGCAACAGGGAUGUCUUCUGGGUUUAUGUUGAUUUCUCUUUCUUUUUUUUUUACAUUUGAGGCAAUAUCAUAAUGGUUUGUCUGGAUGGAAAAUAGUUUAAUGUAUGAAAAGAAAACGAUGGAAGGUGAUCCCAAGUUAAACCAUGAUUGCAAACGUUUUUGUCACAGGUCUUGCCUUUUCCUUUGUUUUGUGAAAAUAUCUCUGAUCUGUUCUUUCCGUCCACCCCUCUUUCCUAAAUGAUCCUCCACAGCUUGCACAGGUGUGUGGAAGUAGCUUCACGCUGGCUGAAUGUCUGAAGUCUUUGAUUUAUUCUUUAUAGAAUCAUUAGUCUCCGACUUCCUCACUCACAUCGUCUCUAAGAAAGCUCUAACACUCCUCUGAUAAUCUCUCUUCCACUUAAUACUGAUGAUCUGCAAAAGUGAAAACAAGUAAUCGGUGAAAGACUUUAUUUCCUCGACUCAGACUGUGUAUCUUCUUCUAAACAGUAGGCGGUUAAAAUGUGAGCCGGUAGAGGCUAUGCAUGUGUGUGUGUGUGUGAGUGUGUCUUAUGGUUUUUCCUCCUGCAGGAGGGCUCAUGUGACUGCGUGGGGAUGUUUGUAUGAGAAGGCCACAAACGGUAAAAUCACAUGCUGUUUCAGAACAAAGGAAGAAGGGUGGUGAAAAAAUACCUGUCAUCUGAACAGAUUUCCUGUACACAACAGAAAAAUGGGGUUGAUAAAACUUUUGAUUUUAGUUCCUAACCAGACCAGGAGUAAGAAUUCAACAAUCUAUUCUUAGGCCCUUUUUAAAAAAGAGGGUCCAUAAAAUCAAAAUAAUGAUCAAGAAUUGCUGCUGCAGUGAUCUAAUUCAAAAACGGCUGUAAUGAAGUUUAAGGCGUCAGAUUUUUCCAAGUUAAAGUUGCAGUUCCCAGAUAAUUUUACUGCCUCAGGUUGCCAGAGAGUGGAAUAAAAGACCUAACUUCCCUCUGAAACCAGUGAACAUAUCAAGUAAAGCCAACUCUACAUCUUCAGCAGUUAGUCACAUUAUUUGAUUUCACCCAUGGAGUAUUGUGUGUCCUCUAGUGUGUCACAUUGGUUUGUUUGCAUUUUUUCUCCCUUACAUUAUAAUGUAGCCACAAAGCUUCUGUUGUUUAUAAUAUUCAAAUGCACUAUAUUAAAGUGUCCUCUCUGCAGUUUGCAUGGAAUGACCUGGGUUUAUUAUGAUUAUUAUUAUUCUUUUGAGUGUUGAAAUCAUAUUAGCGAAACAAAAAAAUAGCUGUCUUUCAAAAAAAAAAGGGACCAUCUUGAGUCUGGGUUAUCGGCUUGUGUGUGUUUUCUUUCAUUUCAGUCAUUUUAUUUCUGUUGGGGACAAGGACGGAGGUUGUGAGAUAACGGAGACAACACAGCUGUAUUAUCUCGGUUAUCACGUGGCCGCCUCAGCAAAAUUGGUUGUUUUGGAAAAAAACUUUAUAUGUGUAUUUUUCGUUGCGUGAGGGAGCUCGGGGAGCAGAAACGUGGGCGGCUGGGAGGAGGACUGACCUGUGAAUACACACUACAUUAAAUAAAAUAAAAAAAGUCAUCUAUGCUUCAGACUACACAUGCAGAGAUACAGUCGAUGUAAUCACACAGUAAUUGGAUACUCUUUUGUAUGUACAUAAAAAUAAAGAAGACUUCAAAAGAUAACUGGCAACGUUAUUAACAUACUGUAGUAAAGGAAGAAAAUGAGUAAACGACCACCAUGGAUCAUGUAGCAUCAUAAUGAAUUAAAAUACAUAAAUCCCCAA